AUGGAGGAUGGAAGAUCGAGAUUGAUUGAUUACACCUUCGAGAUUUUGGGGGGUUGCGAGACUCUUGCAGAUAACUCAAAUAAAAGAAAAGAUAUUUAUUGGGAUGGAGAGAAUAAAUUGGUUCAUUCAAAGAUCGCCGGUAUCACACGAUAA